UUUCCUGUAGUAUGGUGAUUCGUGGUGAUAAAGAUGAACAGGCUGUGCUGUGCAGUAAAGACAAAACCUAUGACUUGAAGAUAGCAGAUACUUCCAAUAUGUUGCUUUUAAUUCCUGGUUGUAAAACUCCAGACCAGCUGAAGAUGGGAGAAACCGGCUGUAACAUUAUUCACACCGAGAUCUUUGGUUUUUCUAAUAAUUAUUGGGAACUAAGAAGAUGUAGACCUAAAUUAAAGAAGCUAAAGAGACUUUUAAUGGCAAAUACCUAUGAAGGACCUGACAGUCAAAAAGAAAAGGAUUCCAAUUUCUCAAAAUAUACAACUGAAGAUUUGCUUGAUCAAAUUCAGGCAAGUGAAGAAGAAAUAAUGGCCCAAUUACAAGUUCUAAAUGCCUGUGAGAUUGGAGGUUAUUGGAGGAUUCUUGAAUUUGAUUAUGAGAUGAAACUUCUGAAUCAUGUAACUCAGCUUGUGGAUUCUGAAUCAUGGUCUUUUACUAAAGUUCCUUUGAAUAUAUGCCUUCAGGAACUUGGACCAUUAGAGCCAGAAGAAAUGAUUGAACACUGUCUUAAGUGUUAUGGAAGAAGAUAUACAGAGGAAGGUGAAAUUUAUUUUGACUUGAGCACUGAUAAAAUCUGUAGAGCAACAGCACAAAUGCUACUUCAGAAUGCAGUGAAGUUCAACCUCGCCGAGUUUCAGGAAGUGUGGCAGCAGAGUGUCCCUGAAGGAAUGAUAACCAGGCUGGAGCAGCUUAAGGGUUUGGCCUUGGUGGAUAGACAGUCAAGACCAGAAAUCAUAUUUUUGCUAAAAGUAGAUGAUUUACCUGAAGAUAAUCAGGAACGUUUUAAUAGUCUGUUCUCUCUAAGGGAGAAAUGGACAGAAGAAGAUAUUGCUCCAUAUAUUCAAGAUUUGUGUGGAGAGAAGCAAACCAUAGGUGCAUUACUCACUAAAUAUUCUCGAUCUUCGAUGCAAAAUGGUGUUAAAGUUUAUAACUCAAGAAGACCCAUUUCUUAAAGAACAACAGUCUUUUCUUUGCAACUAAAGUUCCUUUAUAAAGUUGCUGGUUAUUAUAGGAAAAAGAUGCUUUUAUGCAUUUGUACUUCAGACUUUUAAAAACCUUGUACUACGAGGCAUUUUUCUUUUCAUCUUAAGCAUUUUGAAACUACUGCUCUUCUUUUUUCUUAAAUGUAAUAGGAUAUUCCUAUCUUUCGAGUUAUGUUUGUAUUAGGUACACAGUAUAAACAAGGACAGAAGAAAGUGUUAUUUCUUU